AGCCGAGCCGAGCCGAGCCGAACCGCAACGAACCAGUGAAACCCUACCCCGGAGUAAAGCCCAAGCCGUGUUCCAGCCUCGUUUUGAUCAUUAACCGUUGGUCUAUUUUGUGGAAUCGUUUUUUGUUUCUGUUUGGUGCGUGAAUAUAUAUAUUCUUGGCGGAUUGUGCUGACAACAACGGAGAGAGAGAGAGAGAGAAAGCAAAGGAGAAAAAAAGAACAAGUUGCACAAUGCAUUCCACGGCGUGCGGCGUUGGAGCCUCAGCCACAAACCUUUCCACACUGCAAUCAAGCACAGCAGCUGCAUCAGCUGGAACAGGAACAGGAACUGGACCCGGAGCCACAGCAGAUGCCCUCAAAAUGGUGCACCACAGCAACGAAGAUGCCAUGAACAAGAUUCCCCUGAAGUCGGCCAGCGGCCUGGACUCCGACGAGGAGAAGAAUGGCGGUGAACUGAUGCAGGACACCGCCGCAGCCGAGGAGGCGAGGCGCGAGCAGAUGAGAGCCAAGCUGCUGGCCUGGAUGAAGAAGCUGACCAUUGUGCUCAUCUGCUUCAUUGGCAUUGCGCUGAUCAGCUACGUGAUCAUCAGCCUCUGCUUCAGUGAUGAGCAGCCGCAGGAACAGCCGCACCAGGACCCGGAGGAGGCGACCCCCAUCGGCAACCUCAAUUUGCUGGACGGGUCGCCGGGUGGCACCACCACCCCGCCAGAGGACACACUGCCGAAUGUGGCCGCCUCAACGUCGGCGACAGCGGCCCCCACACUGUCCACUGUCUUCGCGGAUCAGGUCAAAAUCGAUACCAGCGAGAAGUUCGAUUCCAUUCUGGGUGUCUACCAGAAGGCGGCCGUGAGCUCCGACAACCUGGAGUGCAGCAAGAUCGGCAGCGACAUACUAUCACGGAACGGCAGUGCUGUGGACGCGGCCAUCGCCGGGCUCCUGUGCAACGGCCUGCUCACGCUGCAGAGCAUGGGAAUCGGCGGCGGUUUCCUGAUGAACGUGUACAGUCGAAAGGAGCGGCACGCCACCUCCAUCGAUGCCCGCGAGGUGGCACCCUACGCAGCCGAGCCGGACAUCUUCGACAAGAGUCCCGAGCAGUCCUUCGAGGGACCCUUGAGCAUCGCGGUGCCCGGCGAGGUAAUGGGCUACCAUGAGGCGCACUCCAGGUUUGGCCAGCUCCCGUGGGCGGAGCUUGUGGCACCUUCGCUCAAGCUCUGCGAGACCGGCUAUCAUAUGUCCAAGCACAUGGCGAGGGCGCUCAACCAAACAUGGUCGAAUAUCAAGGAUCAGGAGCAGUAUCAAAUUUACUUGAACAAGGAGACAGGCAGGCCGCAUGCUGCUGGAACUGUGGUGAAGCCGCCGAAGCAGAUCUGCGAGUCGUACAAGCUGCUGGCAGACAACGGGCCCCUGGACUUCUACAACGGCACCUUGGCCAAGCUGCUGGUGGAGGAUCUGACGGAGUUGGGCAGCAUUGUAACCGGCGACGAUCUGCAGUACUACUCCGCGGACGUGGUGCACUCGAUAACCAUGGAGCUGGGCGAGGACACGCUGUACGUGGUGCCACCUGUCAGCUCGGGCUCGGUGGUGGCCCAUGCGCUUAGUAUCCUGCAAGGCUACAACUUUACCAAAGACGAUCUGGCGACUGAGGAUCUGCGUGCCCGCACCUUCCAUCGGUUUGCCGAGGCCAUCAAGUUUGGCUUCGCCCAUCGCUCAGAGCUGGGCGACUUGCACUUCAUCGAUGUGCGGGAGCUGGUCAGCAAGCUGAAUAGUCCGGAGUUCGGAGCCCAAAACCGCGCCAAGAUCAACGACAGUCACGUGCUGGAGGGUCCAUCGGCCUACGGAGCUCAGUACGGGACCAAUGGUGACCCCGAUGGGACCUCUCAUCUUGUGGUCUUGGCCCCCAACGGGGAUGCCGUCUCGGUGACCAGCUCCGUCAAUUCUUACUUUGGCUCGGGCCUGAUUGGACCGCGGACUGGCAUCGUUCUGAACAACGGCAUGAACGACUUCGCCGUGGAGAACAAUUUUUAUGGACUGCCCGCCUCGCAGGCAAACAUCAUUGCACCCCACAAGCGGCCGAUGUCCUCGCAGUCCCCAGUCCUGUUGGCCGACAAGGCAGGCGAGAUUCGUCUGGCUCUCGGAGCGGCCGGCGGCGCUCGGAUCAUUCCCGCUGUGGUCGAGGUGGCGGCUCGCGUCUUGUGGUUCGAUCAGGAUCUGAAGACGGCGAUAGAUGCCCCGCGCCUGUACCACCAGCUCAUGCCCGAUGUCCUGGAGUACGAGCAGGGCGGCUUCUCCGACCCGCUGCUGCAGCUCCUGGCCAAGCGGGGACACGUCCUCAAGUCGGUCAACAGUGCCCUAACAUCGGUUGUCACGGCCAUAGCGAGGAAUGCAACGGCGGUCUAUGCGAAUGCCGACCAUCGCAAGCGUGGCGGUGUUGCCGGCUUCUAGAGGUCAACCCACCCAGGCCUCCGCCUCAGCCUCCGCCUCCGUCUCCGCCCCCUCCCCACCCACUCGCACACAGCCGCACACAUUCACACACACACACAUUCACGCAUUGAGAUUAGAUGAGCAAGAGCAGGAGCAGGCGAAAUUGAAGUGGAUGGAUGGGGCUCAGUAUCAGGCUCAGGAUCAGAGUCAAGAUCAGCCGCAGCAUCAAGUGAAAAGUAUUUAAGCUAGCUAUGUCUUUUUUUACAUACUAUGUAUAUCGUACGUUAUAUAAAUUUAUAUGCUACUACCUAACUACUACCUUAUACAAUAAACAAUAAACAAAACAAAAACCA